UUCCGAGGUAAACUCUCUUAUUAAAACCCUAACGCAACUAAAAGUUCUUUCACUGUCUUAUUUCUCAUUCUCUCCCAACCCUGAAAAAAAAAGCUUUCAAUCUUCAGUAGCUGAAAAUGUCUUGCUACAAGGGCAAAUAUCAUGAUGAGCUCAUUGCCAACGCUGCUUACAUUGGUACCCCUGGAAAGGGUAUCCUUGCCGCCGAUGAGUCCACUGGCACCAUUGGAAAGCGUCUUUCCAGCAUCAAUGUAGAGAAUGUUGAGACUAACAGGCGUGCUCUUCGUGAGCUCCUCUUCACCACUCCUGGGGCCCUUCAGUACCUCAGUGGAGUCAUUCUUUUCGAGGAGACCCUCUACCAAAGCACAGCUGCUGGUAAGCCAUUUGUUGAGGUUAUGAAGGAAGGUGGAGUCCUCCCUGGCAUCAAAGUUGACAAGGGUACCGUUGAGCUUGCUGGAACAAAUGGUGAGACCACCACUCAGGGGCUUGACGGCCUUGCUCAGCGCUGCCAGAAGUACUACGAAGCUGGUGCUAGGUUCGCCAAGUGGCGUGCUGUGCUCAAGAUUGGCCCCAAUGAGCCAUCUCAGUUGGCCAUUAACGAAAACGCCAAUGGUUUGGCAAGAUAUGCCAUCAUCUGCCAAGAGAAUGGCCUUGUCCCCAUUGUGGAGCCAGAGAUACUGGUUGAUGGAUCACACGACAUCAACAAGUGUGCUGAGGUCACCGAGCGUGUUCUUGCUGCCUGCUACAAGGCCUUGAAUGACCACCAUGUCCUCCUCGAGGGAACUCUUUUGAAGCCCAAUAUGGUCACCCCUGGAUCAGAUUCCCCAAAGGUUGCUCCUGAGGUGAUCGCUGAGUACACAGUUCGCGCCCUGCAGCGUACCAUGCCACCAGCAGUUCCAGCUGUUGUGUUUCUAUCUGGUGGGCAAAGUGAAGAACAGGCCACUGUUAAUCUCAAUGCCAUGAACAAGCUUAAGGGAAAGAAGCCAUGGUCGCUAUCAUUCUCUUUUGGCAGGGCCCUUCAGCAGAGUACCCUCAAAGCUUGGUCUGGAAAAGAGGAAAAUCUAGCCAAGGCUCAGGCUGCAUUCCUCACAAGGUGCAAGGCCAACUCUGAAGCUACAUUGGGAACUUACAAGGGUAGUGAGAACCUUGAUGAUGGAGCGUCCGAGAGUCUCCAUGUCAAGAACUACACUUACUGAGAAAGCUUUUUUCAUCAGCAAAAAUGUAUUUGAUUGAUAAAGGUCUUUAGGGAUUAUCUUCAUGUCUUUCUUUUCAAGAUUAAAUGGCACAGUUGUGCAUGAUCUAUGAUUUCAUUGUCAAUUUUCAAUUUGAUUGAAGCUGUAAUUGCAUUUUUCUGGGGAAGUUUUUAGCUUUCGUAACAAGUUCUCUUAUUUUACUUUGGUAAUUGCCGAGUAUACGAGUCAAUUUGGCUCUAUGCAUCGAGAAUAUGUUGUUCAAUAACUAAUAAUCCUUUUGUCCA